AGCAUUUUCUUUUUCAUUUACCUAUUCUUUCUGGAAUCGGUGAUCUUUCAGAUUAUUCUUCAAUCGUUCUUCGGCUACAAAAUUGGCAAAAAGAAAACAUCAAAAUGAGUCGGAUAUUGAGAGUAUUCAAGAGCAAAGAGACCCGCGACUAUUUUAUGAGCACCCAUUUCUGGGGGCCCAUUGCCAAUUGGCUUAUUCCAAUCGCUGCUAUCGCUGAUAUUCAGAGAGAUCCGAAAUUUAUCAGUGGUAAAAUGACACUAGCGUUAUGUUUGUAUUCGGCAAUGUUUAUGAGAUUUGCGAUCAAGGUCCAGCCGCGUAACUUGCUCCUGUUUGCUUGUCACUUUGUCAACGAAGGUGCCCAACUCACACAGGGAGCUCGUUUUAUAAACUAUCAUUACAGAGAGAAGAAGAAAGAAGAAUAACUUGUUUGGAUAAAGAGUAACAUAAGAACUUGGAAAGUGCUCGGUUGCCAAGUGAACCAUAGUAUGCAUGGCAUACAUUAUAUAAAAUGGUAGAUUCUCCACAAUUUCUUGUAUAUUCGUAUAUAUUCGUAUAAUGAAGCUAAAGCUUUCCCAGUAAUCACAAAAUAAGAGGGUCUACUUACAGUUCAAUCAGGCUAAAUCAGUUAAUUUUACUGCAUCGUACUUAUACCUGGCACUCUGCUACAUCCAGGUGUCAAGAUCAUGAUGUAGUAAAAUAAAGGAUAUGAUAAACGGUGGCCC